CACGGCACAGGUCCGCGUAGUCCAUCCAUCCACGCCCUUCAGUCCUUCACGGGGGAGGCCGCUACGCCGCGAGGAAGAGACGGCGGCGAGAGAGGGAGGAGGAGGAGGAGGAGGAGGAGGGGGCGAGGAAGAUGGAGCACGUGAUCGAGGUCGAGCCGGGCCGCCCGGCCGCCGACGGCCGGCCCUCCGUGGGCCCCACCUACCGGAGCGCCUUCGCGCGCGACGGCUUCCCGCCGCCUGUCGACGGCCUUGACAGCUGCUACGACAUCUUCCGAAUGGCCGUGGAGAAGUACCCAGACAACAGAAUGCUUGGUCACCGUGAGAUUGUUGACGGGAAGGCUGGUACAUACGUUUGGAAGACAUACAAGGAGGUGUUUGGCAUUGCCACUAAGAUUGGUAACUCUAUUAGGAGCCGUGGACUUGCAAAGGGAAGUCGUUGUGGUAUCUAUGGGGCUAAUUGUCCUGAAUGGAUUAUCACGAUGGAGGCCUGCAAUGCUCAUGGAAUCUACUGCGUGCCAUUAUAUGACACUCUUGGAGCGGAUGCUGUAGAGUUUAUUUUGUGCCAUGCAGAAGUUGAGAUUGCUUUCACCGAGGAGAAAAAAAUUGAGCAGAUCUUCAAGACAUUCCCCAAGUCAACUGAAUUCUUGAAAACAAUUGUAAGUUUUGGGAAGGUAACUCAGGAACAAAAGGAAGAGGCGUCCAAAUAUGGGCUGGAGAUCUAUUCAUGGGACGAAUUUCUUUCUUUGGCUGGUGACAAAGAAUUCGAUCUUCCGGUGAAAACGAAGAGUGAUAUAUGUACUAUAAUGUAUACUAGUGGAACUACAGGUGACCCCAAAGGUGUACUGAUCUCCAAUGCGAGCAUUAUUUGCCUAAUCGCAGGUGUAGAUCGGCUGCUUAACUGUGCAAAAGAAGAACUGGAGCAAACCGAUGUUUACAUGUCUUAUCUUCCUCUUGCUCAUAUCUUUGAUCGUGUUGUGGAAGAGCUAUUUAUGUUCCAUGGUGCUUCCAUUGGAUUUUGGCGUGGGGAUGUUAAACUACUAGUUGAGGAUAUUGGGACACUGAAGCCAACUAUCUUGUGUGCCGUUCCACGUGUUCUUGACCGGAUAUUUUCUGGACUCCAAGCUAAAAUUGCAUCUGGGGGUUUCAUAAAGAGUACAUUGUUCAAUCUUGCUUACAAAUUCAAGCAAUUUAGAAUGAUGCAAGGAGCUAAGCACAAUGAAGCUGCUGCAAUAUGUGACAAAGUAGUUUUCAGUAAGGUGAAAGAAGGUCUUGGGGGAAACGUCCGUGUUAUUUUGUCUGGAGCUGCCCCACUUGCCACUCAUGUUGAAGAAUACCUACGAGUGGUGACUUGUGCACAUGUCUUACAAGGAUAUGGUCUAACGGAGACCUGCGCUGGAUCUUUUGUCUCCCUACCAAAUCAGAUGUGCAUGAUAGGGACUGUUGGUCCUCCGGUGCCAAACAUUGAUGUUCGUCUGGAAUCUGUGCCUGAAAUGGAUUAUGAUGCACUUGCAACUAGACCACGUGGAGAAAUUUGCAUCAGGGGAGAAACAUUAUUCUCAGGGUACUACAAGCGUGAAGACCUUACGAAGGAUGUUUUGAUUGAUGGAUGGUUCCAUACUGGAGACAUUGGUGAGUGGCAACCUGAUGGAAGUAUGAAAAUCAUAGAUCGCAAAAAGAAUAUCUUCAAGCUUUCGCAAGGAGAAUAUGUAGCAGUUGAAAAUUUGGAGAACAUAUAUGGUCUUGUUUCUGCUAUAGAUUCGAUAUGGGUGUAUGGGAAUAGCUUUGAGUCAUUCCUUGUUGCUGUGGUCAAUCCAAACAAAGAAGCACUUGAGACCUGGGCUGCGGCAAAUGGAGUCUGUGGUGAUUUUGAGGCACUGUGUGAGAAUCCCAAAGCAAAAGAAUACAUUUUGGGAGAACUCUCAAAAGUAGGAAAAGAGAAGAAGCUCAAAGGUUUUGAAUUCAUAAAGGCUGUACAUCUCGAACCAGUGCCAUUUGACAUGGACCGUGAUUUGAUUACCCCAACAUAUAAAAAGAAGCGCCCUCAGUUGCUCAAGUACUACCAGGGCACUAUUGACAACAUGUACAGAAGUGCCAAAUGACCUCGACAUGCCGUCUAGAACAUCCAAGAUCGACGGAGCGGACAUAAGCACAAAUCUCUGAAGCCGACGAUGUUGUCUGUUCAUAGUUAUGGAUGGAAAACGUUAUCAAAUUUAUUUCGGAAACGUUUUGCCUUGUAUGUAGAAACGGGAUAUGCAACUGUACGAAGAAUUGCAAGCACCGUUUGUGUUGCCUGACCCCCCCUGAAAAUGCCAAAUUUGGAAUUGAGAAUUAGCAGCAUCGUUGCAUGUUCUAGUGAGCUUCAUAGUUGCAUGUUCUAGUACUGCGUGGGAGGUUGAACUGAACUUUAAAUACAUGGAAGCUCCCAUCGCGUUUAAAUA